AUGUAUAAACUUAAAUUUACCAAUAUAACCAAAAUCAUAACAUCAAAAAAUCAACUUUUGGGGAUUGUUUCACCCUUUUUUGAUGGAGUAACCUUGAUUGACAAUAAUUACAAAAUAAGGAGUUAUAAAGAUUAUUGGAGGUCAUAUGAGAUCAAUAAAGCCGAACUCUGGUCCCUUUACUAUCAAUACAAAUUCGAACUCUUGGUGGACAACUUAGGCAUCGGUGGGCCCUAG